AUGGCCGUGAGCAAGUGCGAGUUUGGCACCUUCCAGAGCCAGGUGCCCACGCUCGACUCCGACCGCGAGUGCACGCUGGAGUGCUCCGGGUGCUCUAGUGACCGCUACGAGAUUCGCGCCUGCUCUGCGCUGGAGGACGUGCACGACACAGAGUGCACGACGCUCGACGUGUGCGACCAGGACCAGUUUGAGCUGUUCCCUGCCACGCCAACCGCGGACCGCAUCUACCGCGACCUGACCCAGUGCAACCCGUCGACGGAGUACGAGCACACCGUCUGUGCCACCUCAUCACCAAGUGCGACCCUGGCGAGCAUCGCAUCCGCGCGCCAACCAUCACCUCCGACGCCAAGUGCGAGCCGUGCCCCAUCGGCACCACCGACCACGACCGCAACCCGCUCAUCACCUGCCGGCCGUGCCCCCUACGGCCACUAUGUGCCUGCGGGCUCCAUCGGCUCCUGCGAGCAGUUCCUGUGCCCGGCCGGCACCGCCGACGUGGACCGCAACGCCCGCACACGCCGUGCACGCCGUGCCAGGCUUGCGUGGACUUUGCCGCCCUCUCUGGCCCAACGCGAUUGCACGCCUGUGGCGGAGUGCGACCUCGGCUACGAGGAGGUGCGCCCUACUAUGCGCCCAACCAUCUUCACCGACCGCCAGUGCCGAAGCUGCAUCGAGGGCCUGUUCUACUGCGACGGCAACAUGGACUUCUGCACGCGCGGAUGUCGCCCUGCGAGCCUGGCUCCUUUGCGACGGCCGCGCCCACCAUCAGCACUCACCGCGAGUGCCAGAUGGCCCGCACGUGCCCCAACAACACCACGUUCAUCUCGCGCCCGCUCACGCCCACGCUGCAAAAACACAGGCAUCUGCUCGCCGUAA